AUGGGUGAUAGAACAGCACCGAGUGGCGGAAUGCUUCCAAGACUUAGCGAUGGAGUCGAACCUGGGGAUUUGACCAUUUCAUUCCAGGAUCUUCCACCGAGGGUAAUUGCACCGAUUCAGGGAUUCUGUGAUGAGAAAGAUAUCGAAAUCGCUGCCUUUUUUCGGUCUUUAUGGGCAGUGUUUGUGCGUGUCUUUUCAGAAGCAGACCAGGUUUGUUUUGGAUGUGGAGAUUUGCGCUUGACGCCUGAACAGAAGGCCAAAUUUAAGGUCAUCCAGACAACAUUCUCGACAGAGAUCACGAUUGCUCAAUUACUCGAGGAUGAAAAUGGGGAGGCAGCUACUGUUCUUGACAACGAGACAGCUCCACCACACAACUCUGCUCUGCUGCUCACCCAAGCAAUCGAUAAGACGGAGGCAAUGGAAAGCGUGGCCAAUGUCAUGGGAGCUUACGGCGUCUUGAUACUGGUCGAGGUGGACGAUGCAUCGGCGCCAGUCAAUCUGUCCCUCUGGUAUCAUACAUCGAUCCUUUCUCCGCGGUACGCCGAGCACCUCGCUUCAACCGUGGCAAAGAUUAUCGAGGAAAUCAUAGGAUGCCCAGAAAGGCGUAUUAGAGAUGUUGACAUGUUCAGCCAGUCGAAUAAGAGUGACGUCCUUAACUGGAACGUCCGUCCAUGCCGGGAGCCGGAAUCCCUGAUGGGCACCAUCUCUCGUCAUGCUAAACAGCGUGCGGACCAUCCAGCUAUACAUGCAUGGGACGGGAUCGUUUGCUAUUCGGAGCUUGAUUCGCUGGUCGCCAAGUGGGCACAGCAUCUUCACCAGCGAGGUAUUGGGAGACGGGCCAUGGUUUUGGUGCUCAUGGACCGCUCUAAAUGGGCCGUCAUAGCGGAGAUGGCUGUCCUCAGGGUCGGUGCAGCUUUUGUACCUCUCGACGCAGCUCAGCCCUUAGAACGGCUUAACUACAUAGCACAUGAAACCGGCGCGACACUCCUACUGGCCUCUGAGCGCUUUGUCGACUUAUUAUCGAGCCAUGUCGACAGCACUCUCGUGAUAUCCGACAAAACCACGAAGAGCCUUCCGGAGCCUCACGAAUCUAGUAGCUAUCCUAGCACUCCCGAAGAUACUGCCUAUGUGCUCUUUACAUCUGGCAGUACAGGCAAGCCAAAGGGCUGUGUGGUCAGUCAUGGCGCGUUGGCUAACGUGGUGCAUCAUGGCGUAGCGCUCAAGAUUCUACCCGAAAGUCGCGUACUACAGUUCGCAUCCUACACCUUUGGCGUCUCGCUGAUCGAAAUAUACUGUACUUUAGCCCGUGGUGCCACGAUUUGUAUUCCUUCAGCAGAUGACCGUAUCAAUGCCCUGGACCGGGCGAUGAAUGAUAUGCAAAUCACUUGGGCCUUUCUAACCCCCUCCACAACCACUUCUAUUAUGGGUCCAGUCGAAACGUUACAAACGCUUGUGCUAGCUGGUGAGCCCAUGGGCCUCAACCACCUCCACACCUGGAUUGAUCGGGUUGAGUUACUUCAAGGCUUCGGUUUCACUGAAUGGGCAGGAGUCUGUUGUGUCUCAAGGAUCGGUUCGGAGCGCGACAUGCGUCUGAUCGGGUCAUCACCGACUGCUCGCCUUUGGUUGGUAGAUCCAACGGAUCAUAAUAGACUUGCUCCUAUAGGGGCCGUUGCUGAACUUGUUGUGGAUGGCCCCGCGCUGGCCAAAGAAUAUUUGAACAACCCUAAGCAGACCGAGGCGUCAUUUCUGGCGAACCCGCCUUGGCUUAGGUCUAUGAGUUCAGGCGGUCUGACAGCCAGCAGGCUAUAUAAAACAGGCGACUUGGUCCAAUACCGCGCAGAUGGGACACUUAAAUAUGUUGCCCGAAAGGAUACUCAGGUCAAGAUCAGAGGACAACGGGUGGAGCUGGCAGAAGUCGAAUAUCACGUCCGGCGGGCCUGUACGCAGGUUCAAAAGGUGAUAGUAGACGCAGCGCCUCCAGCAGACAGCAAGCAAGGCCCUAUCCUGGUUACGUUUCUGUACUCAACACAACACGAAGCUCUCCUAGCCGGAUUCCCAUCUCAAGUAGCAGCGAUCAAGGCAGAGCUGGAGACAUGCUUGCCCGACUAUAUGCGACCCAGCGUUUACUAUCCACUCCAGUCAGUUCCGCUAACCGUGUCAGGAAAGACAGACCGGCGAGCCCUUCGCCAGCUCAUCCAGACCUCGACGCUUCGCGAUUUGCAAGCGCAUGAGUCACCUGAGUCGAUAAUUGUUGCGCCAACGACAAAGAUAACAAAACAAUUGCACCAGCUCUUCGCAGAAACUCUCCACCUCGAUCCGUCCACCUUUGGCAUUCAUCACAGCUUCAUUCACCUUGGCGGCGAUUCGGUAACCGCCAUGCAGCUAGUGAACCGUGCCCGGAGAGCUGGCUACCGUCUAAAGGCUCAUGAGGCUCUCAAGCUUGAGACUGUGGCCCGGAUAGCGAAGCAUUUGAAUGCGGAUGACUCGGGGCCAUCCCUCGACCCCGUCUUAGUAGAUACAUCGCCAUCAUGUACGCCACAAUCCCAGCUUCGCCUAGAUGAUCAGCAAUUACACGAGCUCGUCCAACAACACUUGUCGUCUUUGGGAAUAUCUGGGGCACAGGAUGUCGAGGCAGUUCUCCCCUGCUCACCAGUGCAGGAGGGUAUGCUGGUAAGCCAAAACCACGACAACACACACUAUCAGAUGCGCUUUGUGUGGGAAAUUAUGGCCCGAGACCGUCUCCAGCCCAUGGUCAACCUUCCUCGCCUACAGUCCGCGUGGCGCAGUGUUCGGCAACGUCACUCAAUGCUCCGAACAAUCUGCCUUACAAAUGCAACGUCAGACCAAUAUGCUAUCCAAGUCGUCCUCCGGGACACGACCCUCGUAGAGGCAGCCGUCAUCCACGACCCUCUUAUUGAUCCAUCCUCCAUCUUGAUGCGCAAGGAGGCCAUCAGACAACCCGGUUCACCAGAUGUCCCGCAAUUGACCAUAUUCCAUGUGAAUAAUGUCAAAGUGUGGGCUGUGCUGAAUGUGAACCACACUAUAGUCGACGCGAUGUCAGUGUCUCUAAUAAUGCGCGACCUAUCCUUCUUCUACUCCGGUUGCACCGAUCAGCUAGCGGUAACCCCUGCGGAAUAUGGGGCGUACCUCGAUUACUUGAGUACCCUGAAAAUAGACGCAGGUUUAUUGUUUUGGGAGCGUUACCUCGAUGGCCUUGAGCCAUGCCUUUUCCCAUUGCUGAAUUCCUCUCGACAAGCAGCAUCACCGCCUAGACUGCGGUCUCUCCCCGUUAAUUUAGGAGAGGAUGCUGUGGGAUACCAUGCAUUCUGCAAAAAUCAUGGGCUUACGGUCGCAAGCCUCUUCAAACUCGCCUGGGCUCUAGUCCUUCGUCUUUAUACUGGAUCCUCGAAUGUAUGUUUCGGCUAUGCUCCCUCUUUUCGGGAUGCUCCGUUGCUGGGAAUUGAGGAUGCCGUUGGCCCGUUUAUCAACAUGCUUCUGUGCAAAGUUGAUAUGACUCAAAGUAGUUGUUCUCUCCUGGACAUCCUCAAAGAUAUCCAGGCGAGCUCACUGCAUGCAUUGGAGCACCGCCAUGUUCCGUUGACAGAGAUCCGACACCAUCUACAUCUCGCGGGCGAAAUGAUGCUGAAUACAGGUAUAACCUUUCCCGCACGAGUUCGUCAACCAAGUGACUCUUCAACUGCUAUUGCCAUUACCGAGAUUGAACGGAUGGAUCCUACCGAGUAUGAUAUCGUCCUCGUAGUAGAUGCCCACGACGCCGAAGUUACAUGUACCAUCAAAUUCGAUGAGCACUAUCUCCCAGACAUGCACGCAGAUAGCCUCGCAGACACCCUCAAACAGGCUCUUCGUACCAUCAUCACGGAACACCACCAAUGCGUUUCGCAGGCCCAUCUCUUAGGCCCAAUCCAGCAGAAGCAGCUGGAGCGGUGGAACCAUGAAGACCCACGGGACCUCAAACAGUGCGUGCAUCAGCUCAUCCUUGAGAGAUGUCGACUCUCACCGGACGCCUUGGCGGUUGAUGCAUGGGACGGACGCUGGACAUAUCGUGAACUGAACGACCUUUCGUCGCGCCUUGCGUAUCAUCUCCAGGAAUCGAAUCCCGGCCUAGGUCCGCAGGUUUUUGUCCCUCUUUGCUUCACCAAGUCACGUUGGCUACCGAUAACCGUCUUGGCCGUCAUGAAGACCGGCGCUGCGUUUGUUCUGCUCGAGCAUUCGAACCCCCUAGAGCGCCUGCAGGAUAUUUGUGCACAGCUGCAAGCACCGUUUAUGCUGAGCAAUAAGCAGUGUGCUGACCUCGCUAGGCAAUUGGGCAGCAAGGUCAUGAUUGUGGAUGACGAGGAUCGGUCUUGGGCACUUCUUGCUACACAUGAAAGCGCGCCACCAGUCGCCAGUCACCACCCAUUAUACGCAGUUUUCACCUCUGGCUCCACAGGAACGCCCAAGGGCGUGGUGGUCGAGCACCAUUCCUUCGCAGCUACCGCAACAGCAGUCCGGGACUCUACGGGCUUCACGGCAGAAGACCGCAUGUUCCAGUUCUCAUCGUACGCCUUCAACGUCAGCGUGAUGGAGCAUCUUCUAUCCCUGCUGUCAGGCGCCUGCCUGUGUAUUCCAUCCGAAAGCGAUCGCAAAAAUCGGUUAAUCGAGUGUGCCAACGAGCGUGAAGUCACUUUUGCCAUCCUUACCCCUACCGUUUUACGGCUGCUGGACCCCCAUCGGGUCCCUACACUGAAGGCAAUCAUUGUCGGCGGUGAGCAUGUCCGUGAAUCGGAGAUCCAGACGUGGGCUUCGAACGUCCGGCUUUAUAGUAUGUAUGGCUCUGCUGAAUGCUCUGGCGUUGCUACAUGGCACCGUUGCACGGGGCAGAAGUCAGACGACGGGAUGAUUGGCAAGGCAUUGCGAUCUGUCGCGACGUGGGUGGUGGACCCCCAGAGUGCGGAUGUUCUGUCCCCCGUGGGGGCUGUAGGCGAGUUACUGCUGGAGGGGCCUGGAGUGAGUCGGGGAUACCUCCACGCUCGUCAGAUAGGAGUGGAAUCCCCCUUUCUGGUACAGCCGCCUCAAUGGGCCAGACAUUUCCGUGGCGAGGGAGCGGCCGCUGAGCGUCGAUUCUACCGUACUGGUGAUUUAGUAAUGUACACCACCGACGGAAGCCUGCGUUUCAUGGGGCGGAAGGACACCCAGGUCAAGAUUUCUGGUCAACGGGUUGAACUAGGGGAGAUCGAGACGGCGAUAGAGGAUUUCUUCGCUGGGACUCAUCAGGCCGUUGCCGACGUUGUCACCCUCGCAGCCGAGGGAACCAACCAAGAAACAUCCCACCCCGUUCUGACUGCCAUGCUCCACGAUCGAUCCGCUCGCUUUGAUAAAGGAGUUCUUUCAGAUGGAAGCCUUCUUAUCCGGGGCGAGAAGCUCCCUCUCACGCAGGCGACGGCUCUAUUGGCUCAUUUAGAAUUAUCACUGCCGCGAUACAUGGUGCCGUCCAUGUUCAUCGCCCUGCGAAGAGUUCCCCUGACCAGGACCGGGAAGAUAGACCGCAAAUGCUUGCGUCAAGCCGUGCAAGCGGUGCAAAUUGGGGACAUGGAUCAGUACAACGCCGCUGCAACCCAGUGCCAGCCGGUGACUUCUCAGGCAGAAAAGGAUCUGCAACUUCUGUUCGCAGAAACAUGCCAGAUGUCCAGAGAGAGCAUCUCAGCCGACAGCAACUUUUUUCUCAUUGGCGGUGAUUCUCUCCUGGCGAUGAAGAUGAUCAUUGCUGCACGCCGUAUGGGCAUCCAGCUUGCUGUCGAGAACAUCAUGCGAAAUCCACGGCUAGCAGACCUCGCGGCAACAAUUAAGUACAGCAACACCGAUGAGCCAGUGCUGGAACCCAUUCCUCCGUUUUCUCUCCUUUCACUGAGCUCAUUGAUCACGGUCCAAAAAUGGGCAGUUAGUCUGUGUCAUCUGACCCCAGACACCAUCGAGGACAUUUACCCAUGUACCCCAAUGCAGGAGGGAAUGAUGGGCCUGAGUCAGAAGAAGCCCGGGAUGUAUGUUGUCAGGGUCCCUUUUGAUCUUCCCGUGGAUACAGAUGUUCCACGACUUUGUCGAAGCUGGCAGAUGACGGUAAACAGCAACGCAACUCUCCGCACACGUAUUAUGCAGACCCCCGAUGCAGGGCUAUAUCAAGUCGUGGCCACUCCCGGUGCAUCCGAGAUCGAGUGGCCAGUGUAUCAUGGUCUAGAUGCCUGUAUAGCCGAGGACGCCGCCCGCCCAAUGGGUCUCGAGCAGCCACUUCUCCGGCUUGCCCUCAUCCGCCAUAAAGACAAUAGCCGCGUCACAAAUCUUGUGUUGACUAUGCAUCAUGCUAUCUACGACGGGGCGUCAGUGGUAUCGCUGUUAGACCAGGUGGAAUCCGCCUAUCGCGGCCAACGCCUCGAUCUUACGCCAUUCAAUUACUUUAUUCGACAUGUUACAGCGCAGGACUCGGCCCUGCAAGCAGCUUUCUGGGCAUCGGAGUACGAAGGUCUGGAAGCCUCUAUCUUUCCACCACUCCCGGCGGCUGUGCAGACACCUGAGCCAAUCUCAACUCUGGAAACACCAGUAUGCGUGCCCCUGGGGCCGAGCAGGGCCGAUGCCACAUUGACCACCGUGGUCCGGCUCGCCUGGGGAAUGCUUGUUUCCCACUAUACAAACAAUCGGGAUGUAGUCUUUGGCGUCACCCUUUCCGGUCGCACGACUUCUAUCACCGCUUUGAAUCAGGUAUCCGGGCCGACUCUUGCAACGGUCCCGUUCCGAGUGAGGAUCGAUGGAAAGAAGAAGGUGCAUGAUAUGCUCUCUGACGUCCAGGCUACUGCAACACGCAUUCUGCCCUUUGAGCAAACCGGGCUACAGAGAAUCCGGAAAAUAAACCAAGAAACUGCGUCUGCAUGCGAUUUCCAGAGCCUUCUCGUUGUGCAAGCACCACGCACGGAUGGGCGAAAUGGAAAGGUCAUGCAGCUCCCAGAGUCGCACCAGUCCUCAUAUGAUGCAUUCGCCAAUGACGCCCUGAUGGUGGUCUGCGAUCUCCCAGACAUAGGGGCUAGCGAGCGUACCCUCAAUAUUUCUGCCAGUUUCGACGAGCGGAUUCUUGACCCAAAGCAAGUGCAGCGUAUGAUGGGACAGUUUGCACACAUCAUACAGCAGGUGCACAGCGAGCCAGGCCGGCUCAUUGGCGACAUUGAAGGAGCAGGCCCGAGCGACAUGAGACAGCUGCAAGAAUGGAAUGGGCGUCUCCCCCCUGCAUCGCCCCAUACACUACACGGUCUUGCUUUGCGCCACGCUCGUAACCGGCCACAUACUCUGGCAGUGUCCUCUUGGGAUGGUGAACUCACGUACCAAAUGUUGGACAUUGUCACAGCUCACCUGGCGGCGAAACUUGUUGAACUGGGCGUCACCAGUGGGAUGUUUGUGCCACUCUGUUUUGAAAAGAGCGCUGUGCCGACAGCCGUCAUGGUCGCUGUGCUGCGCGCUGGCGGUGCUUGCGCCAAUAUCGAUCCCGCUCUUCCCUUGGAGAGGGUUAAGGAAAUGCUGCAUCAAAUUCGACCUACUCUGGUCCUUGCGUCAGCUGCCAAGCGGGGGUCAAUGAUCACGGCCUUAGGAGGAAGAGAAUUAGUCCACGUCAUUCCUUCGUUAGACAGCCUCAUACGCACGGCUGAGACAGAACCUCCACGAUCCGCCGAUGUCCCAGUGUCCCUGAACGAUCCAGCAUUCCUUCAAUUCACUUCUGGUUCAACAGGGACUCCGAAGGGAAUCAUCCUGGAGCAUGUAAACCUGGCCACCAGUAUAGAGUACAACGCGAGCAAGCAAGGGUUGGGUCCUUCAUCUAGGGCGCUACACUUUGCUUCGUAUUCAUUCGACGUGAGUAUAUACGAGAAUUUUUCAACCCUUGCGCUUGGUGGAUGCGUCUUUGUCCCAUCUGAGGAAAGGAGAAUUUCAGACAUCGCAGGGUAUAUUCACGAGAAUCGUCUAAGCUGGGCAAUGAUCACUCCAUCCCUAGCGAGUACUAUUCGCCCCUCUGACGUCCCCAGUCUGGAGACACUCGCACUGGUUGGGGAAGCCAUUCCACUGGAGGUGGCCGAGACAUGGGCUUCCAAAGUCAGACUAGUCAACGCGUAUGGACCCUGCGAAGCAACAUUCUGUGCGGCAGGCGAUAUCCCAUCCGGGACAUGGUUACCCGGUACCAUUGGCCCCAUGCUGGGUAGCGUGGGCUGGAUCACACGUCCAGACGAUCCUUCACGGCUGGCUCCUGUAGGAGCCAUUGGCGAGCUUCUAAUUGAGGGCCCUCUCGUCACCAGGGGAUAUAUUGAUAACCCGCAGAAGACGAAGGAAGCAUACAUAGAGGCUCCGGAAUGGCUUGCUAGGUUCCGUGAUGGGAAACCUAGCCGUUUGUAUCGCUCCGGCGACCUUGUGCAGUACGUGGAGGAUGGUUUUAUCAGGUACAUCGGACGAGCCGAUACGCAGAUCAAGAUCCGUGGGCAGCGAAUUGAACUUGGGGAGGUAGAAUAUUUUGUCAGUCGAGUCUUCCCACGCGCCCGGCAGGUGGUGGCGGAUCUUGUUUUACCUUCUGAAGGAAGCAAGCAGCUACUUCUUGCUGCAUUCGUCCUUCUCCCGAAUGAGGACCAGAGCGAGGCAUCAGGGCAGAGUCAAGGUUAUAUCCUGCCCGCGUUCGAAGAGUUCCGCGUGAACAUCUCCGUCGCACUUCCUCGGCUCCAGGUCUCCCUCCCUUCUGCUAUGAUCCCCGUUAUAUAUCUGCCAUUGGCUUCCAUUCCCCUAACGGCUAGCGGCAAAACCAACCGUUUACUAUUGCGGCAGUUGGCGCAGUCUCUGACGUGGCGCGAUCUGGAGCCAUACACGGGCAGCCAGAUGGCAUGCAACCGAGGCCCCGAGACACCCAUGCAAUCGAAGCUGCACUCAGUGGCUGUAGCUGUCCUGGACAUUCCUCUGGAUCAGCUUGGUGUCGAUGAUGACCUGACCCUGCGAGGGUUGGAUUCCAUCGGGGCCAUGAGAUUUGUCGUGGCUCUUCGGCAAGAGGGGCUCUGUUUAGCGGUGACCGACAUCUUCGCGCAUCGUACUCUUUCUGCCCUUGCGAAUAUUGUCGAGAGUAUUCAUACCGAUGUUGAGGAGAUCCAAGAAUGGAAGGGAGGAAACGGUCAGGGACCGGUAUCAUCGCUGGUCAAGGGCCACUCACAAAAUAUCAUGAAUGACUUGAAAUCUCAAUAUGCCAUCCACCCCAACGAUGUUGAGAUAGUGCUUCCGACGACGCAAUUUCAGCGGGAGUGGCUCUCAUCCUCACAUCACGGGUACCUAGCCCUUCGUCUGCCAGCUUCCUUCGAUCACGAGCGCCUACAGCACGCCCUUCAGGCGGUCGUAAUGAAACACAGCAUACUGCGCACCGUGUUCGUUAACCUUCCGGGGAUGACAGUCCUGCAGCUUGUUCACAGCCGCACGCAGGUGCAGAUUCAGAUAAUUCAGGAUCCCAACAAUGAUAUUGAAGACAUUUGCAGAGAGGAUGCGAGCUCACCAGUGCCAUACGGGGGUCAGUAUUUCCGACCAAUUUUAGUCCGCACGAGUUCUGGGCAGGACAACACCUUGAUUCUGCGAUUAUCUCACGCGCAAUAUGACGGGCUGUCCCUUCCGAUUCUCCUCCGAGACAUCUCGACGUAUUACAGCAAUGAUCCAUCUGAAGUCGAUAUCGCCCUGUCAACCCAAAAGACGUUUGCCGAUUUUGUCACGCGCCGCGCCCAGAUGCAAACACCAGCGGUUUUUGACUUUUGGAGAGAACUCCUACUGGGUUCUUCCAUGACGCGCCUUAGCCCCGACACUUUAGGAGCCGCUGGCCACGAUAUGCCGGAGGUCAGCAUCUUCCGGAAAAAGAUGAUUUCCAUGCCCACUUUGCCCGCAGGAGUAACGUUAGCCACUCUUCAUAAAGCAGUGUGGGCGAUCGCGCUCUCGCGGAUGGUGUCAUCUCACGAUAUCGUCUUUGGCGAGGUCGUCCAUGGACGCAGUAUGCCCAUGAAAGAAGUGCUCGACAUUCUUGGGCCAUGCACCAAUAUCAUCCCGGUGCGCGUGCAGAUUACCCCCGGCCAGACCGUCCAGGAGCUCCUCAAUCACAUUCAAAGCCAGCAUUUCCAAACCACAGAGCACUCGGUCGCGGAUAUGGACGAUAUCGUGCAACAGAGCACCUCUUGGCCUCCAGGGACGGGAUACGGCAGCGUCGUACAGCAUCAGAAUGUCCCGUUGACCUAUGAUCUGUCUCUGGAGAACCACCAGAUGACAGCUACGACAUACACAUACAACUUUGUUCCCAAAGUGCCCUAUAUAACAUCGUGGCCAUGGAAUGACAAGGAGCUGGAGAUCGGUGUAUGGGCAUCCAAUCAUAGCCUGGACACGGCAACGGCCGACCGCAUAGUUGAGGAGGUGGGUGAGAUGACCAAGGCGUUGGCACUGUCGUUGGACCGUUCAGUUGAGAGUUUCCUAUAA